GUCAAGGAGCACUAUCCGCAGAUCACGCUGCCAGAUAAAGUCGAAUACCCCACCACACCCAAGGAAGUCAACGCCUUUCUGCACACAUUCGCCUAUAACGACGCGCCUGUCAUCAGCCUCGGGGAUUGCUUCAGCAUAAGCCUGCGCGGCCUCCCUUUUCAUAUCGAAGGCGCGGUUCCGCCAUUCAAAACCACCUGUGCGGACAUUUGGCAGCCUCCCCCCGUUAUAGAGAAUUUCGCUAACGGAUUCAUCGACACGUUUCUGGGCUCGGAGUAUGCAGCGGUGCAUCUAAGGCGGAGCGACUUUGCCAAGUUUCAGAACAGUGACGACGAGACGAAGCGCGACACCUUCCUUCCUAUAGUCACAGUAGCACACUUUAUCAUGGAGCGAUUCAAAGAUACGGGUGCGUCUGUGGUAUACCUUGCCACUGAUGCCAGCCCAUCCGAGAUUCAACUGCUGGAGCAGCUUUUCCUUG